ACCCACACCCACACCGCGUCAAAGAGACGUCCUAAGGUCGCACUUGCUUGCGUUACCUGUAGGUCACGAAAGAUUCGGUGCGAUGGCCGCAUGCCAACUUGCACCAAUUGCCAACGGAGGGAAGAUCUGGAAACACCCUGUACCUACACCACCCAAACUUCCAGUUCGAAGUCGAGUGAAAGAGAGUACAUACACCAUCUUCAGGAGCGGAUUCGUCAGCUCGAGAGCGAUCGUGGAGAAGAGAAGGCUGCUUUGUCCAGUCUGGCAAGAAAUCACGUCGAAGCUCCACCUCCACCUCCGCCCUCAGCAGAAGGCUUGGGCGGUGGAGCGACCCCCGGCGGACCAGGAUCAUCAUCGUUUCACGGGCAGCUUGGGUCUGUGCCAUCUACUUUAGAAUAUUCUUUCGUACUGGCAAAUCUAUCUUCGGCCGAAGACCAGUCGCAGUUACCUCAUGACCGGGAUCCAGAAGAGCAAAAAGUUCCCAGUUAUUCAUCACCUGACCAGGAGGAAGGUGGUGACACCCCAGUGAGUGCGAUGGGCGCAGCGUCACAUAUUUCCGAUCGAGUAACGACCGCUCAAGAACUGUUCUACGGGAAUUCAUCCGCAGUUUCAUUUCAGCAUGAAGUCCAAGAAACUCUUCGUCGUCCCAGCGGCGGCGAAGCAAACCUGGUCCGCGCACAGCCAUCCAAGGUGCCACAGCGGAAACAGCCAUGUCAUACUCUGUCCUCGUUACUCGACCAAGUCUCCAGCUCCAAGUUAGAUGCCCUCACUCUGCCACCUCGCCCAUUUGCGGAUCAUUUGAUAGAUCUGUACUGGAACAGAGUCCAUUGUCUUUACCCUUUUGUGCACAAACCGACCUUCCUUAAAGCUUAUGAGCAGCUAUGGGUUCGCGAGAGCGCCGUUGAGAAUGAAAAUGACAAUUCAAAUCCGGCGGUCGGGCUUGGGGGAUCAAAUUGUGGGCCAUCCACUUUUUACUGUGCUCUGAAUGGUAUUUUUGCGCUGGCCUGUCAAUUCUCGGACUUGCCUUCGGACGAAAGAGAGUCGCUCGCGGAUACAUUUUUUCGCCGUGCCAAACACUUUCUACAUAUCGACAUUUUGGAUGAGGGAGACUUAGCGCUCGUCCAGACUCUUCUGAUUAUGGCACAGUAUCUCCAAAGCACACAUUACCCAGAUCGGUGCUGGAAUAUUGUUGGGUUGGCUUGCCGGGUCGCACAAGGGAUUGGGUUGUAUCUGGAUGAUUCUACGAAGAACAGGGCUACUCUUGAGAUAGAAAUGAGGCGACGCUCAUGGUAUGGUUGCGUGACGCUUGAUACAGUCGUCAGCAUGACCCUCGGUAGACCGCCGAUCACCUCUGGACAAUCUGACGUACCUUUGCCUCUAGCCGUUAAUGACGAUUCUCUUGACUCGGUAUCCGUGGCAACAUCCCUAAGCAACAUCCAGCCACCACUCCUUGUAUUUUUCGGGGAAACAAUCAAACUCUACAAAAUACUUUCUGAGAUCUUGACUGGCGUCUAUAAACUUUGGAGUCGUUUGGGUGGGCGAAAUCAAAUUGGUCAACAUCUGAGGGACAACGCUUUUGACACGAUAAUCAAGCUAGAUUAUGCAUUAUCAGAUUUCGAAUCAAACAUACCGAAUGAACUCCAUUGGACGCGCCGAAAUCGUACACAUGGGACAUCGGAGAUGGUCGACAGGCAGGUUAACGUCCUUCAUGCAAGAUUCAUACAUCUCAAACUGCUUCUAUACCGCCCUAUAUUCAAUCAAUUAUGUCUCGAAUCAAAGCUCGAGGGUUUAACUAGGACAUCUGGCGAAUGUGAAUCUCAUGACAAGGCGACCAGUAUGCUCUACUCCCACUUCGCUCCACGCUGUGCGGCCGAGUGUGUAGGAGCUGCUGGACAGUUGAUCGAUAUCAUCGAUCGUGCCUCGCAAACCAGUGCUACUGGCGCCUGGUGGUACAAUGUAUUCUAUUUGUUCUCGUCAGCAAUGGUCCUUGUGUUGGCAGAACUUUGUCCCACCAUUCUCGACCCUGGAAAAGCCAUCAGCGUUCGACAUUCCUGGGAUCAAUGCCAGAGAGCUUUGAGAAGAAUGAGUCUGCAUAAUGAUGCAGCGAAACAAUGUGCCAAAACACUAUGCAGCAUGCGCCAGCAAAUGUGUGCAAGCUCAAACACUCAAAAAUCGGCAUGGGAUUCAGCCAUGAAUAAUCCACAAAAGUCAGAUCCUCAUCCUGGAAUCAUCGAUACCAGCGGACACAUUGCUGAACAGACGAUCCUCUACAAAACAGGCGACGGUCAAGGCUCUGUGGAUAAUGAAUUCUUGUUCACGGAUAUGCAAGUCAGAGAUAUGCUGUCUCAGAGUACAGGAUUGCAACCUCCAUGGAAUCUAGAUGAUAUUGGCUGGGGAAAUAUGCUUACUCAAAAUUAUUGAGUGUUGACAAUCCAGCCAGAAACAUCAACCUCAGAGAUGGUACACUUGGUUUGUCUUUCAACCAUAGCAGUGAACAAGUCACAGCCAUCCGGUACCCAGUUGGUGACAAGAUACAAAGUCGUGCCAUCCUCUCCACCCAAUGUGCAUGCCGUUGCAUGUC